GUCCGCUAGUCCUUUCUUGCUUGCGCAGCGAGGAGUCACGGCGCUGAUGGACAGGCAGAGUCAAUAAAACAGCCUCGACUAUCUAAAAUCCGCCUGCUAGCAAGCCAUAACAAUGCCAGCCUAUUUCCAGAGACCGGAGAAUGCUCUUAAACGAGCAAAUGAGUUUCUCGAAGUUGGUAAAAAGCAGCCAGCCUUGGAUGUGCUUUAUGAUGUUAUCAAGAGCAAAAAACACAGAACAUGGCAGAAGAUACACGAGCCGAUUAUGCUCAAGUAUCUGGAGCUCUGCGUGGAUCUCCGCAAGAGUCACUUGGCAAAGGAGGGACUUUAUCAAUACAAGAACAUAUGCCAACAGGUGAAUAUCAAAUCGCUAGAAGAUGUGGUCCGUGCUUACCUGAAACUCGCAGAAGAGAAAACUGAGACGGCCAAAGAGGAGUCUCAGCAGAUGGUGCUGGACAUUGAAGAUCUGGACAACAUUCAGACCCCCGAGAGUGUUCUGUUGAGUGCUGUCAGUGGUGAAGACACCCAAGACCGCACUGACAGACUUCUGCUCACACCUUGGGUGAAGUUUCUGUGGGAGUCGUACCGUCAGUGCCUGGAUCUGCUAAGAAAUAACUCCAAAGUAGAGCGCCUUUACCAUGAUAUUGCUCAGCAAGCGUUUAAGUUCUGCCUGCAGUACACCCGUAAAGCAGAGUUCCGUAAGCUGUGUGAUAACCUGCGAAUGCACCUGGGCCAGAUCCAACGACAUCACAACCAGAGCACUGCCAUUAACCUGAACAACCCUGAGAGCCAGUCCAUGCACCUUGAGACACGCCUGGUCCAGUUGGACAGCGCUAUCAGCAUGGAACUGUGGCAGGAAGCAUUCAAAGCUGUUGAAGACAUCCAUGGAUUGUUUGCCCUCUCAAAGAAACCCCCUAAGCCCCAGCUCAUGGCCAACUACUAUAAUAAGGUGUCCACUGUGUUUUGGAAAUCUGGCAAUGCCUUAUUCCAUGCAUCUACCCUACACAGACUCUAUCACCUCUCCAGGGAAAUGCGCAAAAACCUCACCCAGGAGGAGAUGCAGAGAAUGUCCACUCGAGUGCUCUUGGCCACCCUCUCUAUUCCCAUCACCCCUGAGCGCACUGACAUCGCUCGUCUGUUGGACAUGGAUGGCAUUAUUGUGGAGAAACACCGCCGACUGGCGACUCUGCUUGGCCUACAGUCACCACCCACCCGCCAAAGUCUCAUCAAUGACAUGGUAAGGUUCAACUUGCUUCAGUAUGUUGUCCCUGAAGUCAAAGAGCUGUACAACUGGUUGGAGAUGGACUUCCACCCUCUCAAACUCAGUGGAAGAGUGACUAAGGUGCUGAACUGGGUGAGAGAUCAGGCGGAGAAAGAAUCUGACUUGCAGCACUAUGUUCCUCACUUACAGAACAACACCAUCCUCAGACUGCUACAACAGGUGGCUCAGAUCUACCAGAGCAUUGAGUUCAGCAGGUUGGCAUCUCUGGUGCCAUUUGUUGAUGCUUUUCAACUGGAACGCUCCAUUGUGGAUGCUGCACGCCAUUGUGACCUGCAGGUGCGCAUUGAUCAUACAUCUCGCACGCUGAGUUUCGGUUCAGAUCUGAACUACUCCACCAAAGAGGAUUCACCGGUAGGUCCUUUCCUACAGAACAUGCCCUCUGAACAGAUCCGGAAUCAGCUCACCGCCAUGUCAUCCUCAUUGGGUAAAGCCAUACAAGUCAUCAAACCUGCCUCCAUACUGCAAGAACACGAGGAACAGAGUCAACUGGCCAUCACAGCCUACCUGAAGAACGCCCGCAAGGAGCACCAGCGCAUCCUUGCUCGCCGGCAGACUAUCGAGGAGCGCAAGGAGCGUCUGGAGAACCUUAACAUCCAAAGGGAGAAAGAGGAGCUUGAGCAGCGGGAGGCGGAGCUUCAGAAGGUGCGCAAGGCAGAAGAGGAGCGUCUCAAACUGGAGGCCAAAGAGCGUGAGAAAGAGCGCAUCAUGCAAGAACACGAGCAGAUCAAAAAGAAGACCGUGCGUGAGCGACUGGAGCAGAUCAAGAAGACUGAGCUCGGAGCCAAAGCCUUUAAAGACAUUGAUAUCGAGGAUCUGGAAGAACUGGACCCCGAUUUCAUCAUGGCCAAACAAGUGGAACAACUGGAAAAGGAGAAGAAAGAACUUCAGGAGCGUCUGAAAAACCAGGAAAAGAAGAUCGACUACUUUGAGAGGGCCAAGCGCCUUGAGGAGAUUCCUCUGAUCAAGAAAGCCUACGAGGAGCAGCGCAUCAAAGACAUGGAGUUAUGGGAGCUGCAGGAGGAAGAGAGGAUUAGCAAUAUGAAAACGGAGCGUGAAAAAGCACUAGAACACAAACAGAGAAUGUCCAGGAUGAUGGAGGACAAAGAGAACUUCCUCUCCAAAAUUAAAGCUGCUCGAAGCUUCAUCUAUGAGGAAAAACUCAAGCAGUUCGAAGAACGUUUAGUUGAGGAGAGGAAAAAGCGCAUCGAGGAGCGAAAGAAGCAGCGCAAAGAGGACAGACGAAAGGCCUUCUACAGCCAGAAAGAAGAGGAGGCUCAGAGGAUUCACGAGGAACAGCUCAAGAAAGAACGGGAGGAGCGUGAACGCGUGGAACAAGAACAGAGAGAGGAAGAAGAGCGGGAAUAUCAGGAGCGUUUACGCAAACUCGAGGAACAGGAAAGGAAACAGCGUGCCAGACAACAGGAAAUUGAGGAGCGUGAGCGCCGUAAGGAGGAGGAGAGGAAGGUGCCGGAAGAAAAGCCCAUCAAGGAAUGGGGUGAACGUGAGGAAGGCGGCUGGAGAAAGCGUGGUGAAGGAGAAUCAGACUGGCGACGUCCUGUUGAAAACAAGGACUGGCGUCAGGAAGGGCGUGAAGAACAAGACCGUGAAGACCGUGACAGUGAAAUGCCCUUCAAGAGAGGAGGAGAGAGUGCCGGCCGUGGUGGUUCAGAUGACAGGAGACUCCGCCGUGGCUUUGAUGAUGAACGAGGUCCACGCAGGGGUGGUGAUGAUGACCGUGGACUCAGGAAAGAUGACGACCGCGGGCUGAGGCGCGGAUUGGAUGAAGACCAUGGACACAGAAGAGGUGAAGACGACCAUGCCCCGAAACGAGGCUUUAAUGAUGACCGCGGACCUCGUCGAGGCAUGGAUGAACCGAGAGGACCUCGACGUAUUGCAGAUGAUGACUGGGGCCCCAGAAGAGGAGGGGAUGAUGAGAGGGGUGGUCGCAGAGGUAUGGAUGAUUCUGGCCCACGUCGUGGCGAUGACGCGAAACCAUGGAAACCACUGGGAAGAUCAGUAGGUGGUUGGCGAGAGAGAGAGAAGGCUCGGGAGGAAAGCUGGGGACCUCCUCGAGAUGCUGGUCGUGAUGAUGAUGAUGAUGGCGAGCGCGAGGGUGAUGAUCGUCAUGAAGGGGAUCGAUUCAGAGAUCGCCGCCCUCCUAGGGAAGAGGGUGCGUGGAGAAGAGGUGGCGGAGAGGAGACCAGCAGCUGGCGAGACUCACGUCGUGAAGACUUUGACCGUGGUGAGCGUCGCGACAUGAGAGAGCGCAGAGAUGACCGUGAUCGUGACCUCAGAGGACCUCAAAGAGACAACGAUGAAGGUGGUUCAUGGCGUCGUGGUGGAGAUGAUAAUCGAGAGGAGCGCAGGGAUGAAAGAGAGGCUCCUCCCAGACCACGCGACCGAGACCGUGAGGGCGAUGAGAAGAACUCUUGGCGCACUGACAAAGAUAAGGAGAUCCCACGCAGGACCAAGAAUGAGACGGAUGAUGAUGGAUGGACCACUGUCCGUCGUUAAUGCUUAAAGCAUCACAUUUUUGCUUGAUGUCGUAUUGAGCCCUGAUGUGUUCUCUAAUCAAUAUGGAGUUGUAAGGUCACUGCUUACAUUAACAUGGAAUACAUAAAGCUUUGCCAUAGAUCUACCAAAUUUAUAAUGUGAUUUCAUUGGCAAUUUCUAUUUAUGAUCUCUUUUUAAAAACCUCAACUUCCAUUAAAUAGUAGCUCAUUCCUUUUUUGUUAUGCAUGCUUAGAGGAUUACAAUUGGUCACGCUAAAUUAUGUAGGCUUUUUUCUUUGAUGGGGUGCAGACAUCAUAGGCAAGUUCUGAAAUUCUAACAUGAUCUAGGUGGUGUUGUGGUAAGGCUUUGAGAUGAAAGUUUCUUUACAGCUGUGUCCAUGCUGUAGUUGCUGCUUACCCUAUGGUUGUAUGCCCUCAAGAAAUAUGAAAAAUCUUUAUUAAUAAAGUCGUUUGCUCAAUAAAUUAAA